CAUUUUAUUCUAUUCUAAUUCAUUCGAUCAGACUCAUAGCGGGAGAAAAGGGGCUUCUUUACCUUUUUCUCAGAAUUUGUUUCUCCAAAGUCCAAAGUCCAACCUUUCUCGCCUCCCAAUUAGAAAUGUCGGCACCGCCACCAACACCGAUUUGCCAACGGUAUCGCGUAGGAUACGCUCUCCCAAGCAACAAAGUCCAGACCUUCAUCCAACCCUCGCUGGUCGACCAGGCCAAGCAAAAAGGGGUGGAUCUCGUCCCGCUCGACCUCAGCAAGCCAAUAGUCGACCAGGGAUUCUUCCAUUGCAUCGUCCACAAACUCUAUGGCCAAGGUUGGAAUGAGCAGCUCAAGGAUUAUGCAUCCAAGUACCCUAAUUCUGUCAUAGUCGACCCGCCGGAGCGCAUCGAGCGGCUCCACAGCAGAGUCUCCAUGCUGGAGGUGGUAAGCAGGUUGGAAAUCCCUCAACUCCGACUCCAACUCCAAGGAAGAGGAAGCGAAAGCGAAAGCGAAAGCGAAAGCGAGAGCGAGAGCUUGGCGGUUCCCAAACAAGUGGUGGUUCAAGACUCGGAAGGUCUCAAGAGUCCUGAGUUGCUGUUGUUAAAGUUUGGGAUGAAAUUGCCGGUGAUCGCGAAACCGGUAGAGGCGGAUGGGAGUGCGAGGUCGCACGACAUGUAUUUGGUAAUCAACAGUAAAGGUUUGAAGAAUCUGACAACUCCGAUUGUUGUGCAAGAGUUCGUGAACCACGGAGGGGUGGUAUUCAAGGUAUACGUGGUGGGAGACCAUGUAAAGUGCGUAAAGCGGAGGUCUUUGCCUGACAUUCCAGCUCCAGCUCCAGUUACUGGUGAACAGGAGGAGCAAAUAUCUUCAACAUCACUGUCAUCGGAGGCGGAGGAGGUGGGCUUAUUGGCAUUCUCGCACAUAUCAAAUUCUGCAGCGCAGAGUGAGGAGGAUGACGGGAAUGUAAACAAGGCUGAAAUGCCGAGUGUUGGUUUUGUGGAGGCGGUGGGGAGAGCUUUGAGGCAGGCAUUGGGGCUUCAGCUGUUUAACUUCGAUUUGAUAAGGGAUUGCACUUCCGGAAGCGGCCAUCAGUAUAGCAAGAAUAAGUAUUAUGUGAUUGAUAUCAAUUACUUUCCCGGCUUUGCCAAGAUGCCUUGUUUCGAGCAAGUCUUGUCGGAUUUCUUUCUUAAAUGUUGCCACCCAACACCCUAAUUAACACCCAGCAGCUACCUGCAUGCUUGCUUUAAGAUUUCAAAAACAACAACAGCAACAGCAACAACAAGAUGCUUACAGUCACGGAAACAAGAUUAGUUGCUCAUAAAUUGGAUCAGUUGGUUAAUGCUUUCUUUUCCUAUGCUUUAUGUUUGUAGGGAGUUUGAGAUAACUCUGUCAUGAAGAAGAAAUCUUUGCUUCUUAAUAAUCAAAUGGCUGUGCCAGUGCCACUGAAAACGUUUCCAUA